AAAAAUCCACAGGGAGCCACUGGAGAGGAGCUAAAGAGCCACAUGGCCCCUGGGCUAUGCUAAAGGUCAGUCGUUCCAGAGACAGUGAACUAUCUUGUGUGGUUGAUACUCUUCGGUGGAGUCAGCUGCCGGCCUGCCGACGUGGCUGCGGAAGAGAAGAGGAGCUGCAGGCUGGCUGACACCAAACAACCGGAUCACCAUGUCCCAGACUGACGCAGACCCCUUUGCUGACCUCAUCACCCCUCCACACACCCAGACACCUCACACAGACCCUGACCCCUUUCAGGAUGUCCCAGCAGCCUUUGCACCGCCCUCAGCUCCUCUGCAGCCUCCUCUGAUCCCUGACAGUUUCAACCUCCCUCCGUCCACCACCUCAGAGGAGACGACCACGAAGGUUGCUUCAGAGAACCAACCAGAGGCUGCCACUGAGGGUCAGGAGAUCAUAUGUGACCAACCGGUGAGCCUGGAGCCGGACGCUGAGGCGGCAGAGGAGGAUGUGGAGAGUUCACUUCAGGAGAAAGAAAAAGGUUGGGGAGGAUGGAGCUCAUGGGGAAAAUCUCUUCUGAGCAGUGCCAGCUCCACAGUGGGUCAGAGCCUGACCUCAGUUAAAACGAAGGCAGGAGAAGCUCUGCGUCUCCACAGGACCUCAGUAGGAGAGGAGGCGCAUGAAGAGGAAGUGGAGGGAGCAGAGGGGGAGGAGGAGGAGAAGAAGGAGGGAGGAGGUGAGAGUGGAGAGACGGAGCUGUCCAGCUCUGGGGAGUCUUCUGUUAGUGCUGCGGCGUCUGGCCGGGGCGUCUUCUCCACCAUCACACACGCUGUGCAGAACACAGGAAAGUCAGUGAUCAGUGGAGGUUUGGAUGCCUUGGAGUUCAUUGGAAAGAAGACCAUGAUCGUUCUUGCUGAGAGUGACCCGGGUUUCAAAAAGACCAAGACCCUGAUGCAGAAGACUGUAUCCCUGAGUCAGAUGUUAAAGGAAGCCAAAGAGAAAGAGCGGGCGCGUAUGGGCAACCAGCCAAUCAGCGCACCCACAGCUCACUACGGUAUUCUGUUUGACGACUACCAGGGCUUGUCACACCUCGAGGCCUUGGAGAUCCUGUCCAAUGAGAGCGAGGCCAAGGUCCAAGCCUUCCUAUCCUCCCUGGGGGAAGAGGAGCAGGAGGAGGUGAAGAAGGAGCUGAUUUUCAUUAAGGACAUCUUCAUCAAGCGAGACGAAGGAGAGGAAGAGGAAAAAGAAGAAGAAGAAGGAGGACAGACGAAGGAUAACGGUGAUCUUAGUUCCCCAUUACACUGUUCUACCCCCCUAUCGGCUGAUGGAGAGGAGUUUGUGAGCGUUCUCACUGAGCUGCUGUUUGAGCUUCAUGUUGCUGCAACGCCAGACAAACUCAACAAGGCUCGGAUGAGGGCCCAUGAUUGGGUGAGCGAGGUGGAACAGCCUGUCACUACGGAGACGGUUGACAGGGAAACGCAGGACCAGCCGGCAGGAGAGGCCUCACCUGGAGAGAACGAGGAGGAGGAGAAGAAGAAAGAUGGAGAGGAAGAGCAGGGGGAGGAGGUGAAGGAAGGAGAGGAGGAGAAGAAGGAGAAAGAGAACGACCCCAGAUCUGUCGAGGCUGUCUACCUGUCAUCAGUCGGCAGUCUGGCAGAAGUGACGGCUCGCAGUAUCGAGCAGCUCCACAAGGUGGCAGAGCUCAUCCUCCACGGCCAGGACCUGGAGAAACCAGCCAGAGACCAGGCACACAUCCUCACCAGGUUGACAUGUGCCAUGUGUAAGGAGGUGGAGUGUUUGGCCAAGAAGUUCUCUGAUACACUGCUUGUAGUUGGGGGCCGGAGGAAAGCUGAGCAGUUGAAUCCGCUGGUAGAUAACGUGCUGUUAGAGGGCUCCAAUAGUACCAACUACAUCGAGAAUGCAUUGCAGCUGCUGCUGCCCGUCCUGCAGAUCUCUCACAUCCAGAGCCAGCACUGUCGGUCCACCACAGAACCAGCAGCACAGACACAGCACUAACACACACACACACACACAUACACACGCACACGCACACACACACACACACACACACACACACACACACACACACACACACACACACACACACACACACACACACAGACACACGCUACCUGCUCACCUGCUUGUCUUAAUAUAUCUAUUGUUGUACAGAAAAGUAUAGAGAAUAGAUUAUUCCUGAUUAAGUGCUUAAAUCUACAUCCAGUGCCAUAGCAACAGGCAGAAUAUGUUUUAUAUAUACAUAAUAUAAUCUUGAAUAUUUAACAAACAGAUACGUGUAGGAAUGACCGACAUGCAGACUGUAUGUGUGACUCUUCCACGUUUAGGAACCAAUCGGUGAUCAGAGCUGAUCCAAGGUCAGCUGCGAAUCAUUAUAUCUGACAAAACAAAGAUGUUUCUGUAUCGUCUCCAACAGCUGAACCAAAAAUCACUAAUUGUGUUGAAGAGACUCUACAUUAAUGUAUAUUUAGCUUUCUUUGCACUCCUUAUGGUCCUUUUGUUAUUUCAACAGAAAGAGCAUUGACUAACACUAGUUGACUGAAAUGUUUUAAUCUGGUUUGAGACAAAAUGCCAGUAUUAGUAAUUGUUUUUUUUGUGUUAAAUUAUGUGAAGUAACACUACCUGACAUUUCACUCUUAUCCAGUGUGACUUGACAGAAAAAUCUGAUCUUCAUACUUUGAAUUACAAAAUAUUGAGUUCUCCUUCUCCCUUAUUGUGUGCAUUGAAGAUGUAAUGAAGGUGAAUUAAUCUCUAAUUAUGUUUUGUUGUGCUGCUACAUUUAAAAAUUAUAGUUUAACAUUUUGGAAAUUUUGCUUGUUCACGUUUUUGCCGAGAGUUAGAUGAGACGAUCGCGACCACUCUCAUAUCUGAGGGUGGUAUCGAUCUUCUCAUCACACUCUUGGCAAGAAGGAAGAUGAGAGUAUUCCCCAAAAUGUCGAACGAAAUGACAUGUCAUUCCCUCUGUUGGAUCCUAAUCUGAACACCUUGAAGAAGGCAUUAACCGAAACAUUUGAUUUCAUCUUGCCCUCCUGAAUAAAGGCUUUCAAUAUUGUUUUUGUCAGGUGCUAAAUUUACACUCUUCUUGCUCCAGAGAGGCUUAUAACUUAAUCACUUUACACAUUAUUAUUUUUUCCUUUUUCUUCGACCACCUGUGGAGUUUCAGUGCAAAUCCCAAGGUUGUUUUAAUAUCCUGUGUUAAAUUGGCUCCUUAGCUUCCAGCCAGCAGAUCUCUGAAAGAGACAAAGUACUCUCUUCCUCUCCUUUUUCUUCUUCCCUUUCAGAGAUACAUCGAUGCAGGCUAGAAAAAUAUUAAGCAAAGAAAAUAUUAGUCUAUCUGUCGUAAUGUUUUUGGCUCCUUUCAGCUAUGUCCAGAUGGGGUAAGGCCGUUUAUCAGCCGGGCUUCAGCCUUAGAAUACAAAACGAUUUGUAAUGAGAAAUGUUUCAGAGGCAAGUCAUUUAUUUAGUUUUGGAUAGUUUACUAAUAUAUUAAGAUUCCCAUCUAAUAAAGUGCCCUAAGACUGUUUGAGGAUGAGAUGUCGAAAAUAAACAAGUUUUAACCAUC